CCGCAGCGGGCGGGAGGCCUAUGGGGGCGCGGCGGCGCGGCCGGAGCGCCGGCAGCCCCUCCCCGCCGCUGCCUGCGGGAGUGGGAAUAAAGACAGAUAGCGGGGCAGGCACCGGCCGGGCGGGGAGGGAGAGCGCCGAAAGUUUGCUGCGGAGCCGGCGGGCGGCGGCGGCGAUGCCCGUGGUGCGCGGAGCGCUGGGGCUGGGCGGGCGCCGCCGGCCUUAGGGGGGAGCAGAGCGGCGAGGCCCCCCACCUCCCCCCCCACCCCCCGGCAGCGAGGAGCCCCCCGGCCCGGCCUCCCUCCCCUCCGGGCGGCGAGCAGGAAGCGCCCCGGGCAGGGACGGGAAAGCGGCGGCGGCCGGAGCGCGGGGAAGGGGGAGCGGCACGGCGGGGAGAGCCGCCGCCGGCAGAGCCCGGGGCGGGGGAAAGAUGAGCUUGUUGUCAGCCAUCGACACCAGCGCCGCGUCCGUCUACCAGCCCGCCCAGCUCCUCAACUGGGUCUAUCUCUCGCUGCAAGACACGCACCAGGCCAGCGCCUUCGAUGCCUUCAGACCCGAGCCCUCCUCCUCCCAGCACCCCGACCUCGGCUAUACCAAGAGCACCCCGGAGCUGGGCUCCUCGCUCAGCUCCAGCUAUCUCAACAGCUUCUUCCAGCUCCAGCGGAGCGAGGCUCUGAGCAGCAGUCUCUACAAGAGUGCAUCGCCUUAUGGCUCUCUUAAUAACAUUGUGGAUGGGUUAAGCUCCCUCACCGAGCAUUUCUCUGACCUAUCCCUUUCUUCAGAAGCCAGAAAACCCAGCAAGAGGCCACCUCCUAACUACCUGUGCCACCUCUGCUUUAACAAGGGACACUACAUCAAAGACUGCCCACAGGCUCGUCCAAAAGGAGAAGGCCUGACUCCAUACCAGGGCAAGAAACGCUGCUUCGGUGAAUAUAAGUGCCCCAAAUGCAAGAGAAAAUGGAUGAGUGGAAACUCCUGGGCUAACAUGGGACAAGAAUGUAUCAAGUGCCACAUUAAUGUUUAUCCUCACAAACAGAGACCCCUGGAAAAGCCGGACGGCCUGGAUGUUUCGGAUCAGAGCAAAGAACAUCCCCAGCACCUGUGUGAGAAGUGCAAAGUUUUGGGCUACUACUGCCGCCGUGUGCAAUAAACCUUCCAAGUGGCCUCUUCCCGUCCCCAUCAUCCUUAAAGAUCCUCUGGCAGCACACGAUCAACAGCAACACAACAAAUCAAGAUAAAAGCUAAAAUAAUUGCCAAUAUUGCCUAUAUAAUAAUAUGCCUUACCAUUAAUAGAAUGUAACAUUUCUCCUGUGCGUGCGCACGCAUGCAACAGGUAUUUACAGGACUAUGAUUUGUAUACAUACAUAUAUAUGUAAAUUUAUAUAUAUAUGUACACACACAUAUAUAAAGCGUUACCGAUGGUGUUCACAACAGAACCGCGGUUGCAGGUUCUGCUGAUUGUUUACACAGACCCUAUAUCAUGGCCAGGUGAAAUGAAGUACUAUUCAAUAGGCAAGGUAUAAUAUUCACAAGGAAUAUAUGUUAUAUGUCUGGCUUUUGCAGAGGUUAAAUAGUUGUGGGGCCACUAAUUGCAAGCACUCGCCCACGACGUGAACGCUAUUCCUAUUAUAUGACAAGACAAAGGAAGAUGAGACAAGCCACAGCAUAAAAGAAGGAAAAUUAUUGUUUUCCCGGUUUUAGAAAGUCUGAGAAUUUUGUGCUGCUGCUUUCUUGGACUUUUUCUAUUUGUUACCAUCGCUUGGGCAGGGCUUAGGCAAAAUCAUUUUUUGCAGGACGUGGCAAAAAAAAAGUGAAUAAUUGUUUGAGGGUGUGGGUUGGGUAGAAAGGGAAUGCCAUAAUGGGACCCAGAGCACCAGGAAGGAUUCCAAGAGGUUUUUUGGAGGAGACAAAAUUGGCUUGCUUGUGCGACUACCAGAUCCUUCUCUUGUCAUAUAAUCCCGCUGAAAUGGUCCCUGUACGUGUAUGGGCUGUUCAUUAGGCCACGAGCACACUAAAUUUACUGUGAAUAAGGGGGGAUAAGAAUACUUAAAACUGCCCCUGAAACCCUUAAUUGAAAGAUUAGCCAAACUUACUGUUUAUAAUAGUUUUAAAGCCACUUUCUGGAAAUAUUUUUAUGUCCUGUUUUCUACUGUACAAAUUUGUAAUAGCAUAAAACCUGUUAGCCAUAGGGGUGUUAUGAGGCAUGGAGAACCCUCUAUAUAACCUUCCCUCUUUAUGUCUUCCUAAAACACCUACAUACCUGAGGAGAAAUGUAGGAGUUAACUUUUGUUGUCCCAUUUCAGGUAGAACUUUGUGCAGGAGCAUCCUGCUGCAAAGAAAUAUCUCAUCAGGGAUUGGGAAAUAUCAUGAACUGAAAGUACCUCGAGACAGUAUCCUGUUUGUUUGCCUACGUAAGAGUACAUUGGCGAAAGGACACAACGAGCAAUUCACUUGCAUUAUUCACUAAAAAAAUUACAGGGAUUAUGUUUGUUUGGUUUUUUUGUUUUGUUUUUUUAAUCAACAACUUCUAUUUUUAUGAAGUUUCCUUUAGAGAGAUUGAUUUGUGUGAAUGAUACUUAGUGGGAGUACUUUAAAUCCUAAAUAACUUGAUGUGAAUUAAAUUUGUUUUGAGGAUUAAUUCCAUAACGCUAAGACAGAGGGGGGGUUUAUGCCAAGUUAUAGCAGGAUGUUACCGGUAUGGACAGUCAAGCUCUUGUAAAGCAAAUUGAAAUCUUACAGUGAGCAUUCAUAGAGGAAAUGGGAAGCUCUUUAUGAAUUCGCUGUAGGGUGAAACUUUUGCCAUUUCUUUGCUUUGCUAUAAGCAGGGAAAAAUUGUUCCUGCUUAUUCUGGCGGUAAUGUAACAUACAUAUCUCACCAACCGCAUUAUUUAUGGGUAGCCCAAGUGAUCCAGCCUAGUAGUUGGAGCAACGGAUAAAUGUUGGGACUCCUGGCUUCUGACCACAGUUCUCCCAUUAGCUCCCUGAUUUUGGGCAAGUCACAAGAUCCUUCUGGACCUCAGUUUCCCCAACUGCAAAAUGGGGAUAAUAAUACUUUAGUAUAGCUACCUCACAGGAGAGUUGUGAGGCUUACUUAAUAUCUAUAGGUGUUUUGACAUCACUGGAUGAAAAGCGCUAUGUAAUGCUAAAAUACUAUUAACUAAAUUAAUCACUUUGAAACCAGUUUUGCCCGGUUGGCAAUUCCAUCAACUGAAAUAGCUGAAAAUAAUAUUAUUGGAAGUUAACACUAAUAACAGUUCAGUUGCCUCAGUGAAGAUAAGCAGUUUGUGCAAAAGGAAGUGUUUCCGCUUGAAAAUGCUAAGACUCAGAAAUUACCUUAGAGACAAAUUCUCUGAAAAAAGAUACUAAUCUGCCAAUACAAAUAAAAAUAAGAAAAUACACAGGCAAAUCUCGGGGUGGAUUUUCAAAGCUUGACUGCUAGUAUUAAUCUCAAUAGUUUGUUUCAAGCAUGAGUACUUUUGAAAGAGCCGCAUGCUAAACCAGAUCUAUUUUUUUCCUCUUGAGCACUUAAUAGUACAUGAACAAAAUAAUCACCUUGAUGCUUCACAUCCAGCUAAAGGGCACGUAGAGAAGCCCCCUGAGAUGAAGAUAAGGGAAGAUGUUAUUUAUUUUCUCCCUGAAACUUAAGAUGUUGCUAUCAACCAUUUUAUGUGUUGAAGUAAUUUUAAUCUUAUGAUAACCACUAGAUCACUAAAACAGCACAUCCCAUGAUUUAAAUAUGUCAAUAUACAACACACCACCAGGUUCUGAACAAAGACCAACUGCAAGAUACCAUUACAUGCAAUUGUUGCUAUUUUCAUGACAGUGCCCAGUUAAAAAUUAUUUAUCCAGAUUCAACACUGCAUGGCAAUGCCUUUAGCUUAUGGAUUUUUUAGGUUGUGCUUUAAAGUAAGGUUCCUAAAAAUACACGUGAUCGACUUUAAAACAAUUAAUGUCCGUAGCCGUAGAAUAGUAAUUCUUAAAAGCAUACUUACAAGAAUUCUAUAUUUAUAUCAUUGAUAUUUUCCUAGGCAGAACACACACAAAGUAUUUAAGUAAUUGUUAGCAUAUUUGAAGUAACGAGGAGGAGAAGAGAUUUCCUCCUGCACUUACGUAGGGAAAAUGCAAAUAAAGAACAAAAUGCACAGGAAGGCAAGAAACAACACUGCCGUAGUUUGUACUGCCUAACUCUUAGACUGCAAAUCUGCCCGGGCGCGGGAUGCGGAUGCGAUCAGGUCCUGGGCACCCCAGGGCUGGAAGCAGCCUGCUUGCCUUGCCAUCCCUGCCAAAAGCAGGGUGGGGAGGGGGAGUGACCUGGGGUCCCCGGGGAGCAGCCACCACCCUCCCUCCCCUGCAGCCGUGGGGCUGAACUCCGCCUUCCCCCCAGCCCUGUGAGGACACCCCCUUGUUUUCUCGCCUCCCUAACAAGGUGGUGCGUGGGGAAGGCAGCAGCGCCAGGCUCGCGCGAGGGGAGCAUUCCUCUGUCCCUCCAGGCGUGAGGUUUGCUCGUAGGAUUGCAGCACUGGGCCCUGGGCAUUUGGUCUGUGCUUGUCUGUCUAUAGUUUGUGGGUUGCUGGAAAAACACAUCUGCAUAAAUAAGGUACAAUAGCUAUGACCAUUGGCUUUUAGUUAACGGCACAGAAGGGAAAUGUCUGAAUUCUGAUUUUUAAAAAAGGGAAAAAAAACCACCAUUGAUUACAAAAUGUAGAUUUCUUCUCUUUCCCCGCCCCGCCCAAAGGUAAUUCACCUCGAGACCUAACUCUUUCCAAAUUGGAAAAAACUUAAAAAUUCAGAUUUUUGACUGGAAAGAGGAUGAGUUGAUUUACCUCUUAGAUUUUUCUGAAUGCUUUCUGAUGUUCUCUUUAACCAGCUCUGCAUUUAGAGCAUCAGCUAGUAAUCCUCGAAGGCAUUUUUAGACAGUCCUACUAGAAGCAAAGCAAACAUCAGUAAGGAGUUAUAAAUCAACGCAGGCUUCCCUGGCUUGAGUAUUCUUCAGGGCUCUACCUGAGAGAAAUUUGGCUCUAUGCAUUUAUUUGGCAAACCGGAUUUUUAACCUCAGGUGCUUGCUGUUGCCUGCCUGCCUACCAAAUCCAUCCAGCACUUUUUUUUUCUUUUCCCCCCUCUUUGGAGAUUUUUAAAUUUUCAUUUCUUUCUUAAAAAAAAACAACUAAACACAAUUUGUUUCCUCAGUCGGUCAGAACAUUUCACACGGAAUUUGUCCUUGGCAUUGGCACUGCUCUGGAGAAAAGUAUCAGUGAUUUGAAAUGUGUGGUGUAGGUUUUUCGCUGCUUUAAUUUGACGCGGCUCCAGUGAAGUUGUUAUGAAUACUUCAUUUAAUAGUAAUGAAGAAAAAUCCCUGUAGUUUAAAGGAUAGCCCCAUUUUAGCCAGUUUCUACUGCUGCUACCACAGACCUAAAAUGAUGCCACGCAAGCAAAGUUUGAGGCCUUUUCGUCUCAAAGUUGCUUUUUAAUUUCAGAUAAAUACACAAGAGUAUAUAUUAUUUCUGAAAAUAGGUGUAUUUUGAAGUUCCCCAUUAUAUGGGACUUAGUUUGUAAACUAAAAAUGUGAAGUUACGUAUGUCUGAGAGAAGCCUUAUACCGAGAAGUAUUCUCUACAUUAUUACCUUUUUAUAUAACAUGAAAUUUAGAUUAUCCACAGGUUGCACACCUGUGAUGCUCUAGCAGUUACUCCAAAAAUAAAACUACUUAAAACAUUAAAAGUUAAGAGCCUUUGGAAAUGUCAGACUUCAUAGAUUAGUCCUCUCCGCCCUGCAGUCACGCAGAAUUUUUUUUUUCUAGUAUCGAUCCCAAGGGUUGCCCGCUGAACAGAAUGCAAUAGAUCGCCCCACGUGUUCCAAGUUAAGUGAAUUGACGUACAUUUUCCAUUUGCCUUUGCCAACACAUUUUAAAAUGUGAUGGAACUAUCCCCAUAGAACAAAAAUCAUUCUUUAAGUUAUCACUCCACUCCCGACUGGGCUUCAACCUGUAUCUCUUUCCUGUCAGCAAAACCACUGCUGUGCGUUCAGUUUGCUAUAUUGCUGAAGUGCUCAGAGGGCUGUUUGAGACCUUAGAUAUAGGGAUGAUGGUUUGUGUUUCUAGGAUGAAUUUCAAAGGGACAAUCGUGUGCAGUUACUAGCUAUAGAAGAUUGAUAUAAAUGUUUACCCCUGUAUGAAGUAUUUUACAGUUUUACUUGCAGAUGUGUAUUUAUCUUGAGUUAUACUUGACAUAGAGUUUCUUUCAAUUUUUUUUUUUUAAUACUAUGUGUGUAUUUUGGAAACCUUUUUAGAUGUUAAAAUUUUUGAAUGGUUACAAAUAUUUCUUGUAAUACUGAAUUGUUAUCUUAUCUGGAAACUCUUUGCAGUAACUUUUUUGUAUAUAUUUGAGGGCCUUUUUAAAAAAAAAGUAUUGUUUGUUUUUUGAGGAAAAGUUUUUACAAUUUGGAAGCUUUCAGAAGGGCCUUCCUCUCAACUAGGAUACUAACAGAGGUAAGAGUUUUCUUAAGUAUUUUGCAGAACUAAGGAUGUAUCCUCAAGAAAAUAUUUAUGGAAGUAAUUUACUUUUUUUUUUACAAUGCUUUUGUCUGUAUAAAGUAUGCAACAGAACUACAUUAAGAAGGAAAUAUUGUCUACAUAAAAUAUUAUAUGAAAGUUGGUACAUAAUUCUGACAAAAAACCUUGCAAUUCUUUAAGCCAUAUUGUUUUUUGUUAUCCUUGGAUGAAAAUAUCAGUAUUAAGUAACCAAUGUAUUAUUCAAGUGCUUAGACUUAUAUGAAAAUGCUUAUACAGUUUAUUUAUGUGUAUUUGGGGAAGGAUUGCUAGAAAAAGCUAUCACUAGACAUAUAGCAAGUGAGGAGCAAUUAACAGUAUACUGUCACUUUAUGGCCUUGUGAGAGACACAGAAGAUGCUGACAGCACCGUUGAAACCCGGCUUUCAGAAACUCCGAAGCACAAGCGUUGGGUUUCAAACGGUGGUUCUUUCCUGUCCCGCAACCAGAGGGGAAGAGUUGGUUGGGACGCUGUGUGACAACUUGACUUUCACAACUCUUUGCAGACUGUGAGCUCAGCUAUGCAGUAUCGGCUACAGCAAUAAUAUCAGUCAAAGGAUGUAAGAGAAGGAUUGAAGUAGAUUAUUGUAGGGGUUUAUGUUUAUUUUAAUUAGAACUCAUAGCAAUAUAGGAUAUGCAUGUGCACGUAUUUGAAGCAUUUUUACACUUUACAUUUCAUGUAGUUUGAUUAUAUUAUGAAGGAUUGGGUUUUAGUUUGAUAUUUUACCAUGCUAAAAUGGGAGUUCUGCCCAACCCUGUACUGGAUUCUUGUUUCCUUUAAAAGGUUAUUUAGUACAGCGCUCACUGCGUUGUGUACUAGUACUAAAACUAACACUGUAUCUUAUGAACUUCUUCAGCUUUAAAAAAAUUAACCUAAUUAUUAUUACACUUGUUUAGCUGUACCCACUGACCUUGUCAGAUUCAGUUGGCAAUUUGUAUAAUUUCUUUUUCUUUAACUGUUAAUAAACUUGUACAGCUAAAACAAACAAAACCUAUGGACAAAGGCCUCAGAGGUACCAGUUCUGCUUCAGCAAGCAAGAUGACAGCUUGCUCAUCUGGUGACUGUGUUGCUGAAGAGACUGUAAAACCUCUGUUGUGGAUCGUCCAUAAAAUGGCAUUCCGACAUGUGCCUUAUUUGCUGGAUAGUAUGCAGCUUUCCUCUAGUAUUCUAGCAUUUUAAUGCUGUAUUAAAGUACUGCAAAAAAACCCAGAAA